CAAACCAGAACCUGGUCUCAGUGUGAGUCUCGCGUCUUGGAAAUGGGUAGGCUGUACUCAGUAGAGUUGUAGCUGGAUUACCAUGUGCAAAAGAGGGGUUAUACAAUCUUGCACAAGACAUUGGUAUAAAAAACAGACAAGGAGUACCACAGCCUUUCCCUUUUGGCGCAGACAUUGAGCAAAGUGCUAGGGCACGAUGGAACCUCUGCGGAAAGAUGAGAAACCUAAUCCAUCGGCCACAGCUAAUCUGUUUUCCAAGGUUUUUUUCUGUUGGUUGAAUCCUUUAUUUAGAAUUGGCUACAAAAGAAGGCUGGAAGAAGAUGACAUGUAUAAAGUGCUACCAGAAGAUGGGUCAGAGAGGCUUGGUGAAGAACUACACUGGUAUUGGAAUCAAGAAAUGCAACAGGCUGCAAAAGAACUUAAGGAACCAAAGCUGACCAAAGCCAUAGUGAAAUGUUACUGGAAAUCCUAUGCUAUUUUAGGGGUCUUUACUUUAAUAGAGGAGGUAAUAAAAAUAUUUCAGCCAGUUCUUUUAGGAAAAUUAAUUCAAUAUUUUGAGGGCUUUGACCCUAAUAACAUGGAUGCUCUCUAUGCAGCCUAUGGGUAUGCUGCUGGUGUAUCUCUUUGUACGUUUGGAUUGGCACUGCUGCACCACUUGUAUUUUUAUCAUGUUCAAAGAGCAGGAAUGAAAAUCAGAGUAGCAAUGUGCCAUAUGAUUUUUAAAAAGGCACUCUGCCUCAGUAGCAGUGCAUUGGGAAAAACAACCACUGGCCAGAUAGUAAACCUGUUAUCCAAUGAUGUUAUUAGGUUUGAUGAGGUGACCAUUUUUUUGCACUUUUUAUGGGUGGGCCCACUGCAAGCUGCGGCUGUGAUAACACUGCUAUGGUAUGAGAUAGGCCCAUCUUGCCUCGCAGGCAUGGCGGUCCUGGUUUUCUUGAUGCCUUUGCAAACUUUUUUUGGUCGGCUGUUCUCCUCCCUGAGGAGUAAAACAGCUGCUUUUACUGACAACAGAAUACGCACAAUGAAUGAGGUUGUGUCUGGAAUCCGAAUAAUUAAGAUGUAUGCCUGGGAGCAACCUUUUGCCAAACUGGUUACUGAAGUCAGAAGGAAGGAAAUUUCUAAGGUGACCAAGAGCUCCUACCUGCGUGGGAUGAACAUGGCUUCAUUUUUUGUUGCAAGCAAAAUCAUACUCUUCAUCACUUUCACCACCUAUGUGUUGCUUGGCAACCCAAUUACAGCCAGUCGUGUGUUUGUGGCUGUGUCCUUAUACAGCGCUAUCAGGCUCACUGUCACCCUCUUCUUCCCAGCUGCUAUUGAGAGAGCCUCAGAGGCCAUGGUUAGCAUUCGCAGGAUAGAGACAUUUCUGUUGCUGGAUGAGAUUGAGAAACCUAAAUCCAACCUGCCAAAAACUGAGGUGAAAGAAUCACUGCUUGAGGUCCAGGAUUUAAUCUGUUACUGGGAUAAGUCACUGGAUGCCCCAACACUACAGAACGUUUCCUUCACCGUGAGGCCUGGGCAGCUGCUGGCUGUGAUUGGGCCAGUAGGAGCAGGGAAGUCUUCGAUCCUGAGCGCCAUUCUGGGCGAGCUGCCUCUGGAAAAAGGCGUGGUGAAAAUGCAGGGAGCCCUGACCUACGCCUCUCAGCAGCCAUGGGUCUUCCCGGGGACCAUCCGCAGCAACAUCCUCUUUGGGCGGGAGUACCAGCAGCAGAAGUAUGAGAAAGUCCUGAGAGCAUGUGCCCUUAAGAAAGAUCUGGACUUGUUGCCAGAUGGGGAUUUGACAGUAAUUGGAGAUCGGGGUGCUACACUGAGUGGAGGUCAGAGGGCUCGAGUGAAUCUUGCCAGAGCUGUGUAUCAGGAUGCUGACAUCUACCUGCUGGAUGACCCUCUUAGUGCUGUAGAUGCUGAAGUGGGAAGGCACUUGUUUGACCAGUGCAUCUGUGGUUUGCUACGGAACAAACCCCGCGUUCUUGUGACACAUCAGUUACAAUAUUUAAAGGCAGCUGACCUUAUCCUUGUCUUGAAAGAGGGUCACACAGUUGCCAAAGGAACCUUUACAGAGCUGCAGAGAUCUGGGGUGGAUUUCACCUCCCUGCUGAAAAAUGAUGAUGAGGAGGAGCUUCAGCCUGCACCAGAGACAGCUGCCAACAACAACCGGUCUCUGAGGUGUCGUACCAUCUCCCAGACCUCUGUGAGGUCACACACCUCUUCUAUGCUGUCUGUGAAGGAUGGGUCAGAGCAGCUUCCGGUAGAGCAUGUGCAGAUGGGCUUCGCUGAAGAAACUCGCUCUGAGGGGACGAUCGGUGUUAAAGUCUACUGGAAGUACUUUGCGGCUGGAGCCCAUAUUUUAGUUCUUCUCAUUCUGGUCCUGCUCAAUGUCUUAGCACAGGCAAUGUAUGUCCUUCAGGACUGGUGGCUAUCUUAUUGGGCUUCUGAACAGGAGAGACUAAAUGUUAAUGAGACUAUUCAGGAUGUGCACAAUGAAACUCAGGAGUUGGACCUUGGCUGUUACUUAGGAGUUUACGCAGGUUUGACAAUAGGCACAGUACUCUUUGGAUUUGUCCGAAGUGUGCUGUUUUUUAAAGUCCUCGUUAAUGCAGCACAGACCCUGCACAACCACAUGUUCCAGUCUAUACUCAGGGCUCCAGUGAGGUUCUUUGAUGUAAAUCCCAUCGGACGAAUCCUAAAUAGGUUCUCCAAGGACAUUGGUCAUUUGGACGGCCAGCUGCCCUUCACGUUUGUGGACUUCGUACAGGUGUUCCUGCAGAUACUUGGUGUUGUUUCUGUGGCAGUCGCUGUGAUUCCAUGGGUUAUAAUUCCCAUUAUUCCCCUCUUCAUUGUCUUCAUAUUUCUGAGGCGAUAUUUCCUGCAGACCUCUCGAGACAUAAAGCGCUUGGAAUCAACCACACGAAGUCCUGUCUUUUCCCAUCUGUCCUCCUCUCUCCAAGGACUGUGGACCAUUCGUGCAUUUAAGGCAGAAGAAAGAUUUCAGAAAAUAUUUGAUGAGCAUCAAGAUCUCCAUUCAGAGGCCUGGUUUUUAUUCCUGACCACGUCCCGAUGGUUCGCUGUCCGGUUAGAUGGAAUUUGUGCAGUUUUUGUCACGAUCGUUGCCUUUGGGUCUCUCUUUCUCAGGAAUGACUUGGAGGCUGGGGAUGUUGGUUUGGCGCUGUCGUACGCUGUCACUCUGAUGGGAAUGUUUCAGUGGGGAGUGCGGCAGAGUGCUGAAGUUGAGAAUCUGAUGACAUCAGUGGAGCGAGUUCUGGAGUACACCGAGCUGGAGAGUGAAGCUCCGUGGAUCACACAAAAACGGCCGCCCCCCGACUGGCCAAGGCAAGGAAAGAUCUCCUUUGAGGGAGUCAGCUUUUCCUACAGCAGUGAUGGGCCUGUUGUUCUGAAAAAUAUGAAGGCAGUUUUCGAAUCAAAUGAAAAGGUUGGGAUCGUUGGAAGGACUGGUGCCGGAAAAAGCUCUCUCAUCUCUGCUCUGUUCCGACUGGCUGAACCUGAAGGGAAUAUUCUCAUCGACAACAUUUUGUCAUCUGAAAUUGGUCUUCAUGAUCUACGUCAGAAGAUGUCUAUAAUUCCUCAGGACCCAGUGUUGUUCACUGGCAGCAUGAGGAAGAACCUUGAUCCAUUUAACCAACACACUGAUGAGGACCUGUGGAAUGCACUCGAAGAGGUGCAGCUGAAGGGGGUGGUGGAAGAACUGCCAAACAAGCUGGAGACUGAAUUGGCAGAAUCAGGUUCCAAUUUUAGCGUUGGCCAGAGGCAGCUGGUUUGCUUGGCCAGGGCAGUCCUUAGGAAAAACCGUAUACUGAUCAUUGACGAAGCCACUGCAAAUGUGGAUCCAAGAACUGACGAGUUAAUUCAGAAGACAAUCAGAGAAAAAUUUAAGGAAUGCACAGUACUCACAAUUGCACACAGACUUAAUACUAUCAUCGACAGCGACCGAAUACUGGUUCUGGAUGCAGGAAGAAUAAAUGAAUAUGAUGAGCCCUAUGUUCUUCUGCAAAAUAAUGACAGCAUAUUCUGUAAAAUGGUGCAGCAGACAGGCAAGGCUGAGGCUGCAGCUCUGUUUGAGACGGCUAAGCAGACAUACAUGAAAAGAAGCCGCUCACCGCCAGUACCAAAUGGACAGAUGGAUAACAAUAUGACCGACACCAGUUUCAUAAUCUUUGAAACAGCACUAUAACAUCAUUGUAGCAAUUUUGCAAUUCUGUCUACAAAUUCUCAAUAUGAAUUGUUUGUGAAGAAAUAAGACAAUUCUGAAGCACUCCAGUUUAAACACUGCAUUACUUAGGGACUUAUAUUUAAUUGAUUUAAAAAACUUAAAGCACAUAAGGUCAAGAAUGUUUCUUGAUUAUAAGUGUAAAUUCGACCACAGUCCCCUGCCUAAUGGGUAAUCUGUAAUCUUGUUUUAGUGUGAACUGUAACAAUGUACAGAAGUGCUCUUAUUUAUGCCAUAUGAAAGAAUCCAUUAGUUGGGAAAAAAUGUUUAGUUAGUUUUGGAAAACAAACUAUAGUUAUAAUUUAAAAUACAUCAUAUACAUAGUGCCUUCGAUAGAAAAUUGCAGUGUCAGGUAGAACAUAGAUAUUCAUUUGUCUUGAAGAAAUUAUUUUAUACUUUGGACUUUGAAGUCCAUUAAAACAGAUCUAAAGAACAUUGAAUUGUUAAAAAUAAAAAUAAUUGCAAAAUGUGCAAUAAAUACAAACUGCAUGUUUCAUGAUUAAUGCAAAUAUGGUAUAUAUAGGCUUAGAUUGUGCCUUAUUCAUAAUGGAAUAUUUAUUUUAUUUUUUAUUACAAAAUGUUUUUAUUUUAGUGCAAUAUUAGGUGUUAAUGUAUCACAGCACUAGGUGUUUGAUGUAGAUAGGGCUCAUCUCAAUCAAAACAAUAUUCUUUCUUUGUUUUUUUUAAUUGUGAAAUUGCAAGUGUUUGAAAAUUAUUUGCAAAUGUAUAGAACUGACACUAAAAUUUAAUUGUGACAAAAUAAGGAGAAGUGAAUUUAUCCUAAGAUUUUCAUUGGACCAUAAUACGAAAAUAACUUAAUAUUUCAUAUACCAAAUAUAUGCCUGUUUCACAAUAUGUCAUUGUUUGUAUGUUAAUGCACAUACAACUUUGCCGAAAAUUAUUUAUAACUGACUUAAUGUACAUACACUAUGUAUUGAGCUGACUCAAUACAGUUGUUUUUAAAAUCAUGGUAAUAUUUCAUGACUACAUAUUUUUUUUACAAUUAGAAAAUGCUGCAUUUAUUACAUAAUUUAGUAGAUGUAUUACCACUUCAGAACUGAAACAGCUAAGCUUCAGGACAUAGACUGCCAUGUUGUAAUCAGCUGGUUAUUGGUGAUACUCUAUGUUACCUAAACAGAAGUGUUUUAAGGGCAUUAUGUUUUUCUUUGCAUACUUAAUCAAAUUAAAUGAUUUUGUCUAACCAAGAAUCACAUCAUGCUGAAUACAAAAGCAGGUGCUUGUUUUCAGGGAUAGCAUAAUCCUAAUAAGUGCCUCCAGAAGAGAGGUGGUGACCUCUUAAGGCUGUUAGCCAGGGUGAGUCUUUACCACCUUGUGGCCUUGCCUGGUUCAGAACAAGCAAGCUGCCAGGUGUAGCUGGUAGAGUAGGUCUGGGAAAGGAACUGUAAUUGUGACUGAAACAGAAGACUAGUCUUGUCUAAGAGCUAACAGAUAAUACGUAGAAAGAAAAAAAUGCUUUGACUUGAUAGGUUUUACGAGUAGAAUUGUUUUACAUUAUUUUCAAAGCCUUUUUAUGCACAUGGCAACACCACAGCCAAGAGGUUCUUGUGCUUUGUAUUGCAAAAACAGUACAUAUCUUUUGACAAUAAAAGCACUCUACUACAGAACACAUAUACUGAAUACUUAAAACAGCUGUACUUACGAAAUUGAAAUGGCUCAGGUAUAAUUUUUAGAUCUGUAGUGACAGUACAGUUAAUGUGAAAAAAAAAUAAACAUCAGGUGCUAGUUACAAUUUUAACAUUAAGUGUUAGUUUGUUACCCAAAGAAACUACUUUCUCAUAACAAUUACAGCUUUUUCAGUUGUAGAUUUCUUCGCUGGCCUGUUUCCUUUUUUACUAUAGAAUGCCUUAUAGGCUGUGGUUUUGCCACAUCCUUUAACAGGAGAAAUAAAUGAAUUUGGAUCGUAUUUGCCAUAUUAGGAAAAGUUUGUGAGGAGCAUAGUUUUUUAUUUUUUUUGUAUAACAGGUAAAUUAGUAAUUAGAUAAUUAAGGGUGGUUGUAUUAAAAACUUGAACAGGAAUUUGCCUGGAUGGUCCUAUAUUUCAUUCCUAGUGAUAUACUGUAUAUAGUCUUUUCUAAAAUGCCUUAGUUUAGACAUUGAUGAAACCUUGCCUUCAUCAUUGUUCAUUACAGGUGCACUACAAAAUUUAUUUUUGAUAACCAGAUAAGUUGGGUAGCUUGAAGGCAUUUUCUUUUCUUUCUUAUUUAUUGUAAAUAUGUCCAAAUAUCAUUUUGAAAUGAUAUUAUUGGAUUAUAAUCCUAAAAAUCUGAGAGGUAUGGCAAAAGGAAAGCCCUUGGCUGCUGGUUUUGAUUCUGAACAGGGUUGCGUUCUGUGAGGGGUUUGCAUGUUCUCCCCACUUUUGUAUGAGGUUUUGCUGGUACAUUGGUUUCCACCCAUGCUGGUAUCUAAAUAGCCCGUGUGCGUUUGCCCUGCGAUGAAUUGACUGGCUUCAUGUCCAGGAUGUAAUCCUGCCUUGUGUCCUGUGCUUCCGGGAUAGAAUCCAGGAAUAUGGCUGGAAUGAGUGGCUUUCUCAUAAAGGAUGGAUUUUGUAUGACGGACAGAUAGUUUAAGAGCUGUUUUCUUUUAGCUGAGGAAUGAAUUAAGUUUAAGAGAGUUCCACAUUAGUUUACAAUUUAGUAAUCUAAUAAUUGCCAUCUAGUAAUUGUUUGUUAUAAGAAUUGUUUCUAGAAAUGUAUGCAUUUUUGUAUAAUAUUAGCCUAUUUUAGAAAAAAGUUAGCCUUGUCUCAAAAAUAUUGCUGUUUUUUGUUGAGAUUACUUUUAUAAUUUUAGAUUUAAGGUUUUUGGCAAGGUUUUGCUGUGUCUUGGAAUACAGUAACUGGAUUAUUGAUGUAUCCCCACUGAAAUAUUAUAAUAGCAAAAGUUAUUAAGAGUAGUAAACUACUACACCACAAUGUCAUAUACAUUUAUAUUUUUAAGUUUAGUUUGUAUGAGACAGCUGUUAUACUAAGAUUGUGUGGCCAAAAGGUUGUAUUUGCAGUCUUUAUUUUUUCAAACCAUUUUUUUUAACUUUCUUUAAAGUACUAGUCAUGCAAUAUGAUAAUUUCUGUGACAACUUUUUUGUUUAAAGCAUUUACUGUACUUUAUCAUCUUAUAAAUGACUUUUUUAUGAAAAUGGCAGAAAAUAACUUAUAUAUGUUUUUUUCAUAACUAAAGAAAAAAUUCCAAAGACAGAUUAAAAUUAGUCUGCAAUGGAGAUUUUUGUUUUUCUGUUUGUAAAAUGUUGUGUGCUGUCAUGGUCCCUCAAUUCUUUUGUACAAUAAACUAUACUUAAA